AGGAGGGCGGCCGUCACCCAAAGGAUAACAGUCACCAUGUUACAAGUCCGCAUGGUGACUGAUGACCCCCCGCUGUGACUAUUGCUGCUUGUGUCCCUCGCUGCCGCUGCUCCAGGGACGCCCCUAGCUGAUGCGAUAGAGGAGAGGCCCAGCAAGAGGCGUUGGUCUGGCCUCUGUCACCACCCACGUCCGGAAGGAAAGCGCUGGCCACUCACCUCAAAUUUCUCUGCAACACUCGGAACAUGUCACGUCUUGCAGCGAACAUAAAAAGGUUACUCAAGCCCACUGCAAUCUUCUGCGUGUCAUGAAGACGGAUUUGGUUCUCUCCACACCCUGCCUCCACCCUGAACAGCAUUCAUCAUUUUCAUGCAACUCAUCAGGGCGCUGGAACCGAGCCACUUAACUUUGGUGUUUGCUCAGUCCAAGUUCAUUACCACGUGGAGGGUGCUGCUGCCACUGACCCUAUGCAACUGGGAGGGAUGCUGCAGAGGAUUGGUUGACUCGUUUUGAGAAGCCUGUACUUAAUAUGAGACUGGUCAAGAUGCAUAUGAGCUAUUACUUCUCAGGGACAGUCUAUGACUUCCUCUUCUCCGGCGUCAAUGUCGUCACAACAUGGGGCAUGGUGUCCCUCUGCAUGGGGCUGGCAUCACUUUCACUCUUGUCCGAAGGAUUCAAGGUGGCUCGCUCACUGCUGCUGAAGGUAGCCACUUCCUCCCAGGACACAGGCUGCAACAGAUAUAACAAAAAUGAAAGGUUGCCACUCUUACCUCGUGCUUCCCUCACAGACCUUGAAAUGCAAAAGCUGGUGUAUCGUCGCAGAGUGAAGUUCCACGUCCUGCAGACAGUCCUUCACAUCGUUCACCUCACUAUCGGCUACAUACUGAUGCUGGCAGUGAUGAGCUACAAUGCUUACUUCACCCUGGCUGUGGUGGGUGGUGCAGGGCUGGGAUACUACUGCUUUGCUCUCUUUGACCUCCCAAGUAAGGUCCUUGGCAGUGUCACUUCUCAACCAGCUAAAUGGCCAGCAGGCUCUUCUCUCCCACAUCUGUCUGAAGAUGUCUCCCUGAAGCAUGCAGUUGAGGAUGUCAAUGAGUGUUCAGCAACUGCCCAGCUCACCAUGCAGUUGACGGCUGUACUUGAAAAUGGUGCAGAGAAGGAGGAGAAGAGUUGUGAGUAUGAAGAUGACUGUGAGAAUCAGCCACCUGCAGAGGUUCACAAAGCACCAUGAGGGUUUAAGGAUUUAGAACCAAGGAAACACCGAAAUCAAGAGUGGAGAGUGGAAAAUGGUUGUAGGUUGCAAUAUUGAUGCUAAGAAGUUUUAGGUUUUUUAAGGUGGAGGAAGUGUAUAAAACUAUACUAAAUGAAAAUGGCCCUAGUGGCACUUCAGAGUGAGACUAUAGAAUAUAAAAAAACAUAAUUUGACCAAAGGCUUAACAAGUAAUUUAAGCUUUAAUAGUUUCUGAAUGCGAGACUGCUCAAUUGUUGUAGUUAAAACUUUAUCAUUAAAUUGUCACAAAGUAUGAGUUUAUCUUUGUAACAAGCGCUUAAGAAUACUCAAAAAAACAUGUAUGUAAUGUUCCAAAGUACAUGGCUCAAGUUACCUAAUUAGAAUCUUAGUUUGAGGGGUUGUCAUCGCUCUGCAUCAUCAACAGUACAAUUUGUCUCAUGGCUCAAGUUAUUUCUUAGUAUUCUAGUUUGUCAAAUUCUUGUUACUGUACAACGUAAGAAAAAAGUACAAAGAAAGCUCAAAUUAGCUCGAAUUUCACAUAUUUAUGCAUUAUCAAAUGCAAUAAUCUAAAAAUAGUAUGAUGGUUAAAGAAAGACAUUGUAAAGCAUACAGUUAGGUUAUGUGCUUCAUAAUUUGUUAUUGAAUAUAUGGAUAGUGAUUUUUCAUUGCUUGUGUGGUCUCAGUCUAUAAAAUUAGUGUAAGUAAAGCCAAAGUGAAAGGAGCAUUAUCUGAGGGCUGGUAUCAUUCAAUUUUAUCUGCAUUUUUUUGUAGCUAAAGCCUUAGUAACCUUUUCUUUGUGUAAGUGUUUGGUGUAGGACACCAAACAUCUUUCAAUGUUUGGUGUCAUUCUUAAAGAGUUAAUGUAAGUGAGGUUAAGUUGAAUGCAAUAUGUAUUAGUAUCAUUCAGUUUUAUCAUGAUUGUAGUUCAAAAUUUAGUUACCUUUUCCAUGUAUGGUUAAUGAUUUUUCAAUGCUUCUUUUGGUGUUAGCCUUAAAGAGUUAGUGUAAGAGAGGUCAAAGUGAAGGGAACAUAAGUUACUGGUUGCUGUAACUAAAUUUCAUCAGAAUUUUUGUAGCUCAAUACUUAUUCAUGUUUCAAUGCUUGUUUGGUCUCGAUCUUAAGAGUUAUAGGGAAGGCCAAGGAGGUAAUAGAAUUAGUAUCAUUAAAUUCUAUCAUAAUUUUUUGUAGCUCAAAAGAUUCAGUAACCUCCAUGAGGGUGUGGGUUCUGUUUCUCCUAUAAUGAACCAGACUUGGGCAGAAUGUUAAUGGAGUGACCCAGGAAGCAGUAGUUGUUCAUCCCAUCAGCUAUUAUAACUACAAUAUACCUUCCUUUGUAGCCAUUUUACCAGACUGCCAGAAUGAUACACACAUAUUAUUACCAUCAUAACAAGCUAGUUCAAGGACAUGUCAGAUUGUUACAGUUUCCCAUUCAUCCUACCCGUUUUCUACAGUAUAAGGAAAUUCACGCUAUGCAGGAAGUUUAAUAGUACAUAUUGUGUUUGCUGAGCAAGGUUACAACAAGCUACUUUUUCCUCUAUUAACAGAACGAAUUCAUGAGGUGUUAGUGACAUACGGUUCUGUAAAUAUCAAGCUGGUGUUGGUUUUUCUGUUAUUAAAGACGAGCUAAGUUUGGUAA